UUCGAAAAGCUCGAGUCAGUUGCUGUUCAGAGACUAGGUCUGGUCUAUGAAGAUAAAAUUUAUUGCGAUAUAUCAUUUUGUAGCCCAAGCAAAUCUGAAUCGAACAAUAUUAAAAGUAGCUCGAAACUUUUUAGCAGUAAAAAUAUUCUAGAUGAUUCUUUAAAUGAUUCGCCCAUCUCUGUCGGCAGCAUCGAAAAGGAAUACUGAAAGAGUUCAUUUUUUUCGUGUGAGACUUUCGAAAACUUGCUGAAGAACCUUGAGAAACCGUUUUUAAUGACGUAGAAUUUACUGUGUUCAAAAGACGCUAUCAAACAAUGUACUUUUUUAAAAACAUAUUUUUGACAAAAAAUACACAAUAAACUUCAAAAUACAUAAGCUUGAAUUACACACACCAAUUACACAAAUGAUAAUUCAACUAAAAACAAGUCAAUACGUUGAUUUCUUAACAAAAUUUAAUUUAGAAAACGUAGUAUAAUUAGAAUAAGUUGAAGUUAGUCGACUUUUUUAAUCGGGAAGAGCAUUUAUGUAUAAUACAAAGAAAAUUUUCAAGAAUUUGCUUUUCUAUUGUAGGGCUUUCAAAUCCAAUAGAAGCUAUGUUUCAUGUUCAACCGUGGAUGCUACUCGUGAUAAUUCCACUAGCAUGUGUCAGAGAAGGUCCUCAUUUAAUCUACGAUAUUCGACUAUUAACUCUUCAUGAUUUUCAUCAUAUUGGUCAUUAUACUAUUAUUGUUUUGUCCAGUGCAUUACUGGCAUUUGCACUAGAAUUCAGUGAAUUUUUACUUGUAUCAAAUACAUCAAGUUUAACAUUAUCUAUAUCUGGCAUUUUCAAAGAAGUGGUCAUGCUAUAUUUAGCAGUCGAGUACAAUAAUAAUCAGUUAAAUCGCUUGAAUUUUAUCGGACUUUGUAUUUGUCUAUCUGGCAUUAUAGUACAUUGUGUUUCAAAAAUAUUUUCAAUGGAAAAUGAGAAAUCUCCGCCGUCUGAUCACAUUGCAUCUGAACGUUUAUUACGAAAAUCCGAUAGUCAACAUUCAGAUGAAUGGUCAGCUGAGCAUGAACUUCAAAUGCCGUUUAUUCGACGAAAUAGUAUCUCAGAUUAA